GAUUUCAACGGGUCUCCUCUAAGUAUGGAUGUCACAGUUGGAUACAGUAAUGAUUCUGAGUCCCGGUUGCUGGGAACCGCAAGUGAGGAGAGUCGCUCUUGUGUUCGAAUCCUGCUUGAGGGUUUACCUCAGGCAUCUGGUGGGCCACUGUGAGAAUAGAAUGCUGGGCCUGAUGGGCAACUGGCCUGAUCCAGCAACCAGGGGCGUCUUAUGUUUUUAUAGGGACCUGCGAAUGCCUGCUCACUGUAGAGAACUGGCAGCUUCAUGGUUCCUCCUCCUCUGCCUUCUGUGAGGGGGCAUGUGUCUUGAUCUUCAAACAGGAUUUGGACCAGAAGGAUCUUCAAAGAGAGCGUCCUCCCUAUGGAGUCCGCAGUGAAAUCGGCGUUUGGAGUGCCGGCCAGACAGCUGCUGUGCUGUGUCUCGGCCGACUUCCCCAGGGAGAAGGGCAUCAGCUCCCAAAGGGGCCACAGCAAGAACCGGGCACAGCCUCCGGCUCUGAAGAAGCCGAUCAGCGAAAAGCACAAGAGCAAACGGGACGCAGCCUUUGCUCAACAGAAGGCUGAGCGGGCCACCAUGAGGGCCCACCUCCGGCAGAAAUACCAGCUGCCCAAGAACCGGACAGAUAAGAAGCAGCUGGAAGCGGUUGGGAACAAGACGAAACUCCCCCAGGACCUCCUGGCUAUUGUGAAGCCCAAAGCUACCACAGAUCCCAGCUCCAUCUUCUCCAGCUUGGGUGGUCUGGAUUUCAGCACCUUGCGGGUGACGGCAGCGAGCGCCGUGCAGUCCCUGCAGCGCCCGGUGCAGUGCCCCAUCAUGUGAGUGAGCCCCCCUUCCAAGGACCCUCACUCCAGCAGACACAGGAGUUAUUAUUCACCGGGAUGCGCAACUGCGGAUUGCUGGACCUCAAAGCCCCUCCGCGGUCUUGACGUGGGCCCAGCGUCCACCAAACUCAAGGCUGUCUUGGUUCUGUAGCCCAGGACUUGUGGGUUGGAUGCGGGUGUCCUGGUGGGUCUCGUGAAGCCCGUAAGACAGAGCUUCCCUGCCACUGCUGUAGGAGAAUUUCUGGCUCUCUGAUGGGACAAGUGGUUGGGCCCCAUCAAGGAUGAUGCCACCUGGAACCGGCUGCAUGGCCACUGUUUACGUUCUUCUGGGAAGUUCCCUAAGAUGGCUCCUUCCACACAGCCUGGUUGCCCUUGCCAAUGUUAGGUCCUUCAAGAUCUUUGCAUCAAAAGUCUGUUGAAGAAGAAAAUCCAUGGUACCACCAUGAAGGCGGCUGCUCUGAAGCGGCCACAAAUAGAACUCAGCUGGCCAGUGGCAGAGGACAUCAACGCCGUGCACAAGGCCCACGGUUCAGUCCUCCAGUGUCUUUGGGUGCUGGGAUUUUGGGUAGUGUGGGUGGAGAAGGAUCUGUGCUUGGGGCUUUGGGGAGCGGCCACCAGCCAGGUUGGGUGAUCCUGGGCAAGAUGGUCCAUCUCCUGACAGUCCACGUUCCUGCUGUCUUUGGGGUGAUGUUGUGGGUUCAGAGUCCCUUGUCUCAAUAAAACAGUUGAUCUUUU